UCUCAGUUAUAAUUUGCUACUCACGCUGCUAUAAUCGUCAAUUUGCCGCCUAUUUAGUUUGAUAGAGUCGCUAUCAGCUUGCUCCACGUCCACGUCAACGUCUGCGUCUCGUACUCGUCGUCGUCGAUCCAAAUCAACUUGAGCAUUACAUAUUUCCCGAGAAUUUAUUUAUCUAAAGCCGGCGGUGUUUUUGUAGUUACGUUAUUUCUUCAAACAUCUGACAGAGUCCGUGACAGUGAAAAUAUGCGCGCAUUUCAUGUGAUGUCAAUGUGAUUUGACUAGAACUAACAUAUGUACAUUCGUAUAUCUAUAAGGACGAUAUUUUAAUUAAGUGAUUGUGUUUUGUUUAUUUUUAUUAUUUUGAUGACAGUAAAACCAAAAGUGAAUGGACUAUUAUAAAAGAAGAUCAUUUAAUCUUCUAAUCAUUACUUUUUUUACAAUUGGUAGCAACAAGUGCUUGGCGAAAUGCAAUCGACUGAUCCUGGUGGACCGAGAAAUAACAAUCCAUCUCCUGCCAAUUCUACACCCAAUAGAAAUCCCUUCAAGGCUCACUUAGAACAUCAGAAUCAGCCAUCGCGUCAAGCAGCAACAUCCUAUCAAAAUGGUACCAACACCGAAUCUCUCACAUCGCAGGACUCGAGCGAGCUAUCUCAUACAUCGCACCUACCCCAACAAACAUCCACCGAACGGAAUACUACCUAUCAUAGUUAUGGUCCGCAAAUGACAUCACCACCCUUACCACCAUCGGAUAAUUACCGGCAGGAGGAUUAUCGAGCUGCCGGGACCUGGGCAGCCACCAAAGCUUGGAUGAUCCAAUGGAGGGGUUCUAGGCGGUUGGUUUUGGUAAUAGUGGCAAUUGCCUUGCUGUUGGACAAUAUGCUCCUUACAACUGUAGUUCCUAUCAUACCAGAGUUCCUUUACGACAUUCGACAUCCCGAUGCUCCACUUGAUAGUUUCCCAAGGACACCAUUGUCAAUAAUAACACCUGCACCACCAACUUUAUCCCCUUGCUCAAGAAAUGGGGAUGAGGUAUUGCCAACUUCUUCCAAAAUGGAGUAUGUAACCAUUAGUGAUGUUGAAAAUGCAACACUGUACAGGGAGAUGGAGGAAAGACAUAAGGAACUUGUUGGUGAAACCGUGGAAGUUGGUCUGAUGUUCGCGUCGAAGGCAUUUGUGCAGCUCUUAGUUAAUCCCAUUGUUGGACCUCUGACGCAUAAAAUUGGAUAUAGUAUUCCAAUGUUUGCUGGUUUUAUUAUUAUGUUUUUGUCAACACUUAUAUUCGCAUUUGGUCGAUCGUACAGCGUGUUAUUUUUGGCUCGAGCUUUGCAAGGUAUUGGAUCUUCAUGCUCGUCAGUGUCUGGUAUGGGUAUGUUGGCUGAUAGGUACACGGAUGACAAAGAACGUGGAAAUGCGAUGGGUAUAGCUUUAGGAGGACUUGCGCUUGGCGUAUUGAUAGGACCGCCGUUUGGAGGAAUUAUGUAUGAAUUUGUUGGAAAAUCGGCACCUUUUUUGAUUCUUUCGGCUUUGGCUCUUGGGGACGGAGUUUUGCAAUUAUUCAUGCUUCAACCAUCAAUUCAGCGUUGUGAUUCUGAUCCACCUUCUUUAAAGGCAUUGAUUAGUGAUCCCUACAUUUUGAUCGCCGCAGGAGCCAUAACGUUUGCAAACAUGGGUAUAGCAAUGUUGGAACCAUCUUUACCAAUAUGGAUGAUGGAUAACAUGGGUGCAAGUCGUUGGGAACAAGGCGUUACAUUUUUACCAGCAUCAAUAAGUUAUCUUAUUGGAACAAACCUGUUUGGACCGCUGGGUCACCGGAUCGGAAGGUGGUUAGCUGCACUAUUGGGAUUGCUCAUUAUUGGCUCAUGUCUUAUUAUGAUUCCUAUGGCAACGCACAUUAACCAUCUGAUUAUCCCAAAUGCCGGUCUCGGCUUCGCCAUUGGAAUGGUUGACUCUUGCAUGAUGCCUGAACUUGGUUACUUGGUGGAUAUUCGGCAUUCAGCAGUCUAUGGUAGUGUUUAUGCUUUAGGUGAUGUUGCAUUCUGUAUGGGAUUUGCUAUCGGGCCAGCAUUGAGCGGAACUCUGGUGAAUAGUAUUGGAUUCGAAUGGAUGCUUUUUGGUAUUGCAAUUUUGUGCUUCCUUUAUGCACCUUUGCUUGCAUUUCUCAAAAAUCCACCCACUAAGGAAGAAAAGAAGGUUGGUUUUGAUAAUAAUACUAAUGUACCUGCAAGUGAUACGAACGUUGUUGUACAGUCUAAUGCUGCAUUUGUAAACGAUGUGGCUUAAAAUUCUAUUUUAUAAUAUUGUUUUCAUUAAAAUUAUGUUUGUGCAUUUUUAUUUUAUUAAUAAAUUUUUUAAAAUUUA